AUGACACCUUGUGAAUACCCUAAUAGUUACAGCACGAUUACGAGAUGUACAGAGACAGCGGACCAACCGCUCAUUAACACGUUCAACAUUUGUUCGUCUUGCGUUCGAAUAUGAAGCAGAUAUUGAUUACUCUGCGCAUUCAAAAAUUGCCAACGGGAAAAUGGAUAAACUAUGUCCAUAUUGUCAUGCAUUAAAAUUUCGCAAUGAAACACCCGGCAUGUGUUGUGCAUCAGGAAAAGUUCUGCUGCCACCUCUUCCCACUCCGCCGGAACCUUUAAUAUCGCUUCUUGCUGGCGAUUCAGAUAAUUCAAAAAUAUUUUUGCGAAAGAUACGCAAAUUUAAUUCUUGCUUCCAAAUGACAUCAUUUGGGGCAACUAAAAUUUGCGAUCUCGCAUCCGAUGGACGUAAUUCUAAACCUACAUUUAAAAUACAAGGUCAGGUGUACCAUAAAAUUGGGUCACUGAUGCCAAUGCCUGAUGAUAAUCCAAAGUAUCUACAAAUUUAUUUUAUGGGCAGUUGUGAAGAACGCGUGACAACUCGGUGCCAAUAUAAUUUCAUUGAACAAGCAGAGGAAAGAGCAAUUGUGAUAUUGUUGGAAAAUUUUUUAGAAACUCAGAAUAAACUCAUUCAAUUGUUUAAAAGAGUAUCACCACAAUUGCUAAGUGACAACUAUCAAAUCGUCAUCAAAGCCGACAAAGUUCCAUCAGGAGAACAUGCUGGAAGAUUUAACGCGCCAACUGUUGAUGAGGUAGCUGUUAUUAUGGUUGGUGAUCCAGUUGAAAAUAGAGCUAUAAAAAUUACACGGCGGGACAACACUAUUAGUAUGAUUUCGGACCUGCACCGUUCAUAUGACGCACUCCAAUAUCCAUUAAUAUUUUGGCAAGGACAGGAUGAAUAUCAGCUUAACAUCAAACAGUGUGAUCCAAAUACUGGUAAUACAAGAGAUAAAAAAGUAAGUUUAAUGAACUACUACGCAAGCCGAUUGAUGAUUAGGAAUAAUCAGGAUAACUAUAUUCUUCGAUAUCGUCAGCUAUUCCAUCAAUACAUUGUGGAUAUGUAUGCUAAGAUCGAAAGCGAACGCUUGCGAUUCAUUCGAUACAACCAGCAGAAAUUACGAUCAGAAGAAUAUAUUCACUUACGAGAUGCUAUUGUCGGAAACAUCGAUGGAAACUUAAACCCCAAUGACAUCGGUAAUGCUUUCAUUUUACCUUCAAGCUACAUCGGUAGUCCACGGAACAUGCAGGAAUACAUACAGGAUGCGAUGACUUACGUACGUAAUUACGGUCGUCCAGAUUUGUUUAUAACUUUUACAUGUAAUCCGAAUUGGGAGGAUAUACAAACGUUAUUAUUACCAGGACAACAAGCAAUACAUCGGCAUGAUAUAACUGCGCGUGUGUUCAAACAAAAACUGAAAUCCUUAAUUGAUUUCAUUGUUAAAUAUUCAGUUUUCGGUAACACACGUUGUUGGCUUUAUUCUAUUGAGUGGCAAAAGCGAGGUUUGCCUCAUGCCCACAUUUUAGUUUGGUUUAAAGAUAAAAUCCGUCCAGAAGAAAUUGAUCAAAUAAUUUCAGCCGAAAUUCCAGACCCAUCAAUUGAUCGAGAAUUGUUUGAUGUUUUUACCAAUCAAAUGAUCCACGGACCGUGCGGUACUUUUAACAUGGCAUCGCCAUGCAUGGAAAAUGGAAAAUGUAAGAAGCAUUUCCCAAAGAAUUAUACGAAUGAUACAAUCACGGAUACUGACGGUUAUCCUAUGUAUCGCCGCAGAAAUGUUGCGAAUGGUGGCCACACAUUCACAAUCCGGCAAUCAAAUAAUACAAAUCAAGUAGAAAUUGGCAAUCAGUGGGUGGUACCAUAUUCACCAUUACUUUCAAAAACGUAUAAGGCUCAUAUCAAUGUCGAGCUUUGCAGUUCCGUAAAAUCAAUUAAGUACAUAUGUAAAUAUGUCAACAAAGGUAGUGACUUGGCCGUAAUUGAAUUACAAAACCUAAAUAAGAAUGAUGAAAUAACACGAUACCAAAUGGGUAGAUACAUCAGCAGCAACGAAGCAAUUUGGCAUACUCUUAGCUUUCCCAUACACGAAAGAUACCCUUCAGUCCAGCAUUUAGCAGUGCAUCUUGAAAACGGUCAGCGUGCAUACUUCACUGAAGAAAAUGUUCUCCAAAGAGCGCUUGAGGCUCCAAAAACGACACUAACUGAAUUUUUUACAUUGUGUCAAAAACCUGGUAUUUUAGGCCAAUUCGCAAAGACGCUACUAUACACUGAUGUUCCACGCUAUUUUACAUGGAACAAAUCAGGUAAAAAAUGGGAACCAUGGAAACAAGGAAAACCACAUCUUUCUAUUACAGGCAUAUUCAAAGCUAAGACAUUGGGACGACUUUACACGGUACAUCCAAAACAACGUGAAUGCUUCUAUUUACGUUUGUUAUUGGUGAAUGUUCCCGGACCAACGUCUUUCAAAUUUUUGCGAACAGUUAAUGCCCGAGUAUUUAAUACAUAUCAAGAUGCAUGUCGCGAACUGCAAUUGCUAGAAGACUUGCCGAUGCUGCGUUCACAUCAACGCCAAAUAACAUUCGUCACCUGUUUGCAAUUAUUUUGA